AUGCGUGCUACCCCUUCAUCCAUCCGUGCGUCAUCACACGGGUCCGGCCUAGGUGCGAUGAAGCAGAAACCAAACACCCCAGACAAUGCGGAAUGGAAUAUAUCUGUUUCGCCCGACGGCUAUGGCGAAUUUGAUGGCCAAAGACCUCCCUCCCAGACAGGAACACGCUGGACUCGCUUUUUCCCCGAAAUUUCAUCCCAUUUCUCACUUGUAUCGCCUGUGAGCUCGCGCCAUCAAUCUACCAGCUCUUACGAGACAACCAUCAGCCAAUAUAGUCACAUUAGUCGUCAUAGUCGCCAGGGUUCUCACGACUUGGGAGGUAUCUCUGAGCUAAAGACAGGAUCAUCUUCGCAAAGCUCCACCGACCUGGUCGAUGACGCAUCUUCGUGUUACAGUCGCAGAUCAUCUGUUACCAGUCUCGGUUCCGAGUUCUCGCCGUCUGCAUACAAGUCUGCAGACUCCUACUCCAUAAUUUCCCCCGCAAUGGCCGGCGUGUUCGACGACUCAGCAUCCCUGUAUCGCUCCGGGUCGACCCGGUCCAGGGCGUCCAGAAGGUCUAGAAAAUCCAUAAAACGCACUCCAUCCACAAGGAACAAGCCUCUCCCAUGCCCGCCCCCGAUCCAAAUGAAGCCCUUAUCGAUCCGGCACAAGCAAAAAACCCCACGCCAACACCAACCAACAAUCCGCGAGGAUACCCUGCGCGAGGACUCCGAAUCAUCAUUGACAGUAAGCCCGAGGCCGCAGUCGCAGUUACACAAACAGCGCCGUCAUCACCCAACCCUCUCGCAGGCCGCAGAGGAACUCGAAAGCGCACUCGCCGGUCUUACGGAACCGAGCGACGAAGGUGAGGUCGGAAUAUAUUCGCCAUAUUCUUCGCCGUUGUCGGCGACAGCGACAGCAUCGAUGCCUCGUCUCGAUGCCCCGCUACAGGUAAGCAGAGGUAAUAUGGACAUGAUUGCCACCCGCCCAGCACCGUCUCCGCCGACGAACCACCGCAAGAGCGACAGCAGUAGCGGUAGUUGCAGCAGUUGCAGCAAGAAAUCGCCAAAACAGGGUUUGGUCUCAGCGCAGACAGACGAAACCAUGAAACACGCUAAGAAGCCCCACAAGGACAAAGGCCGGGGUCCAUUUUCUUUCACGGUGUCACUACCCAGCUUCGGCGCACUGAAGGCCAAGACCACAAAGAACCGAGGUGAUGGUCACUUCCGGUCCCAUCAGAGGUCAGUGAGCAGUUCCGAGCUUUUGCAGCGAGCGGGCCGACAGGAAGUACGCCCAACAUCGGCAGGGCAAGCAGCAAAGGGAAAUGAAGCGGUUGGGUCUGCCCAGCUGCUCAGUGUUCCCGUGCGUGCCCAGCGAUCUGAGUCCGUCAGCAGCGAGCGAGAGCUGCGGUUGAAGUUGCCCCGCCUACAAACAAAGGAAAUGCAGCCAUCGGGCAUGCUGUGCGCAGCACAGCCCUCAACCAAACCUGCCAUUAAUAUCCCAGUUGCAGAUGAAGCUCUCCAGGAAAAGGAAAUAGUCCCACAGCCCCAACCGAGAAGGAGAAGCGAAACACUCUCGCUCAGCUCCGAAGGCACGAUGCCCAACAACCAACCCACUGGGACGAGGACAUCCGCGCCGAUCGGACAGUACGAGAUGCCUACUUUGACAACUACUCUUAAUACGAACUCGGACCCGGUAGCCAUAUACGAGCUCGACGCCGGUCUUCCCGAACAACAAAUCAAGUCGCCUGUUCCGCCUUCACCGUUCGUGCCCUCGGGCGAGAUGCCCGGGACCUUGCCCGAUGAGAUCGUCGAGUUGAUCCUGCGACGAUGUAACGAGCUGCAGGACCUCUUCAACUUCGCCGUCAUGAACCGGCAAUUCUACCGCGUCUUCAAGAAGCGUGAGCUCGAGCUCAUCCAGAAUACUGUCUACGCAAUGUCGCCGCCAGCCUGGGAGCUGCGCGAAAUGAGCCCGCCCUGGGACUCCGAGUGGCAGGUCCUCUUCGAUCUUGAUGCCCCUGUUCCCGAGUACACACCGUCACUAUACCUCGACCGCUACACCCGUGACCUGUACACACUUGUCAAGCUCAAGUCGCUCAUCCUUGCGCGCUGCAGCACAUUCCUCCGUCCAGAGACGAUCAGCGGUCUAGCGGGCCAGGACGAUACCCGGGCAGAUGAGAUUGACGAUGCAUUCUGGCGGGUCUGGACAUUUUGCCGGAUAUUUGGGUGUGGUAAGGGCCGCGAGGGCGAUAUUGUCGGACAGCUGGAUUGGUUGAGCGGCGGUAUUACGGCGAAGAACAAACAAUGCUCUAUGGCGACGUCGAUCAGCGAGCCGUUUGGUAUUAACGAUGUGCUGUUUGAGCCGCCUGAGGGAUUUGGAUUGGGUAACAAGGGUGGACUGUCGCAGGGCCAGCUUUAUGAUAUGACCGAGAUCUGGACCUGUCUGGGAGUCCUGCUUCAGCCGAUUCAUAGCAAAUGCGAAGAGGCAAGGAAGGCAGGUGUAUUCGAUGGACAUGAUGUGGCGAGCAAGGAUUCCGUCAAGGAGGAGGCAACGCUAGGUUUGUUUUCUGUGCCCAUUGCGAUGGACUUGGUACUAACAUUGUAUACAGAGGAGUGGACAUCGUACGUCCUCACCCUAGGCCCCUCCGCUGUCCUCGCCCUGGCCUCCAUCGCAACUGUCGACAACGCCGAUGAGAUCUUCCAACGAGCUCAGUCUCUUGGGCUAACAAAAUGGGAGGAAGCUGAUGCAAGCCGUUCCAGCUUCUUCCGAGAAGCUGUCUCGAAAGCAUACAGACCUCAGUCAUCGGCCCGCAAGUUGCAUCCUCUCCAACAAACCGGAUCAAAUUCGUCCAGGUCAUCAGCUGGAAGCAACCGCUCCCCGUCAGAGAAUCUCUUUACUGGUGACCCUCAGCGACGAAGGCAAGCCGCCUACGCUAUCCAACUCCGCAACCGUCGUAACCAGAAUGGGGACCGUCCCAACCCCAGCGCGGAAGAACGCCCGAUCUCCAGCUAUGUCGAGAUCAUGAACCGCCUCGCGGGUGCACCCCCACACCCUCUCUACCAACAAGUCCCACCACUUCCAACCUCCACUCAAACCCCAGAACACACCCCAUCACCUCAGCCCCGAGCCGCAUCACCAUCUCAACCCCGAGUUCAAACAUCAGGAACACCCAACACCCAAGUUCCCCAGGCUCGCCCACCACGUGCAGCCGUCUCGCUCCUCCAACCUCAAGUCCUCGACCCCACCGACCAAGCCAUGGACAUCAUUGUCAACGAGCUAGGCUUUAGCGCAGAAGACACAAAAUGGGCGCUCAAAAUCACAGACACGGGCGAAGGCAUCAACGUGAAUGCCGCAGUCUCACUGCUUCUGCAAGAGUAUAACCGGCAAAGUCUGCUAGCCAGUGCGGGUUCGUCCGCUAACUCCAGCUAUGGGAAUGCGUAUUCGCCCCUUUCGUCUGUUUAUCAGGGCCAGCACUGUAAUAGUAUCUUGUCUUCUGUUAUGCAGAGGCCAGAUGCGACUGCUUCGGGGUGGAGGUGGGCUUGA